AUGUACAAUCUUCAGCGGAUUUCUAUACGCUAUCAUUGUCGCAGCAUUUCCGCCAUUUUUGAUCGUUUGUUUUCCCUUACGUUCGUCACCUGUCUUUUUCUUUCUUUCUUUCUUUCUUUCUUUCUUUCUUUCUUUCUUUCUUUCUUUCUUUCUUUCUUUUUCGUUCGUUCUUUCGUUCGUUCAUUCAUUCAUUCGUUUUCUUUCUUUCUUUCUUUCUUUCUUUCUUUCUUUCUUUCUUUCUUUCUUUUUCGUUCGUUCUUUCGUUCGUUCAUUCAUUCAUUCGUUUUCUUUCUUUCUUUCUUUCUUUCUUCCUUUCUUUCUUUUUUGUUCGUUCUUUCGUUCGUUCAUUCAUUCAUUCGUUUUCUUUCUUUCUUUCUUUCUUUCUUUCUUUCUUUUUCGUUCGUUCUUUCGUUCGUUCAUUCAUUCAUUCGCUUUCUUUCUUUCAUUCUUUCUUUCUUUCUUUUUUCUUUUUCGUUCGUUCUCGUUCAUUCAUUCAUUCGUUUUCUUUCUUUCUUUUCUUUCUUUCUUUCUUUCUUUCUUUUCUUUCUUUCUUUCAAAAGUAUCCUUUCGAAUAAUUCCGUACAAUUGAUAUGGUUUACUAUUUGCACAUUAUCUAUCUAUCUAUCUAUCUAUCUAUCUAUCUAUCUAUCUAUCUAUCUAUCUAGGACUUUUGGUGAGAGACAUCAUUUGUUAGAGACUUCUUCUUCUUCUUCUUCUUCUUCUUCUUAUUAUUAUUAUUAUUAUUUUUACAUCAUUUUCUUCCCUUUCCUUUUUUUACCUACUUACGUUAUCUUUUCAUUAUGUUUCUUCUUCUUCUUCUUCUUCUUCUUCUUAUUAUUAUUAUUAUUAUUAUUAUUAUUAUUAUUUUUACUAUUUAUUUUUCUUCCCUUUCCUCUUUUUACCUACUUCACGUUAUCUUUUCAUUAUGUUUCUCUCAGUGUUAACGCUGUUGUAAUUGACUUCCUCCUCCUCCUCUUUCUUCUUCUUCUUCUUCUUCUUCUUCUUAUUAUUAUUAUUAUUAUAACGAUGUAUUUUUCUUCCUUUUCCUCUUUUUACCUACUUCACGUUAUCCUUUCAUCGUUUUCUCUUUGUUAA